AUGACCAAGAACUUAAACGAAGCUAUGAAUUCGAAUUUGAAUACAUUAGUAAUUUCACUACAGUUAGGUACUCAUUUUUAUCGAAAAGGAAAAAUGCUUCUGCUAUGGCACGAGGCGCUGGGGUCAGACGAUGAACAAGCAGAGGAGAACGAGCUCUGCGCUCGAGUUUUAUAUUUUCAAAAAGAUCGCGGUGAUAGUGCGGAUCUCUUGCAAAGUCUGCAUUUCAUCCAGGGUCUCCUUAUGUUUGUACGGAUGCUGCGAUGCAAAGGCAGGGACGGAAUGAAGACUGGGUGGACACCCGACUGGGCAAGUGUGACGCUCUCUAAAAGAAAGUUUUUUAUUCAAGAAGUAGAGCCGCAGAUUUUCAUGGCACUGGGUGUGUAUCCAACAGUGGAGAUUAAAGAUAACAAAUCUGGUUAUAAAGCUUUAGUUCAAGAACUGUAUGACAUGUUUCGACUAUUUUACGGAAGCUUUGGCAGUAAUUUACGCAUGUUGCCGUGUACUGACAAAGGCGAGAGGAUUGACGUAAAUUUUACAGACGGGAUGGACCUCUUGAAAGAAAUUGGCUUGCAACAAAAGCGGCUGCGAAAGCUUCGACUGGAUAUUAAAAACCGUACGGAGAGUGACGACGCCGCUGAAGAUAUAAAUUGUAGUAACGCUGCGUCCGAAGUGCAGAACGAAAUAUACAAAACAGAAGCUGAACUUAAAGCUCUGCAGGCACUGUCACCGGCAUCAAUACUACAACAAAAAUGUAACAUUUUCUUUCCGACAUUGCUUCAGGCUCUCGACACUAGUGGAUGUUCUGGUCUUCAUGAGCUGCAAGGCCUUGGGUACUUUCCAAUGGAUCAAAAUACGUUCCUAUCAGUGCAGCUAUUUGUUAAUGGCUUUCAAAAGGAGUUCAGUAGUGCGGGAGAAUUUCAAGUUGAAAGCUCAGCAUUAUUUUUUAAAGGUAAUCUUUUAUGGACUUCCAUAGACACGGCUACGAUGAAGCUCUUAUACAACUUUCUGCGGCUUCGAGAAGAACGUGGAAUGACUUUGAUACGAAGUCGUGAUAAUAACGAAGUUGAUCAAGUUAAUGUAAACCAAAAUUUGAAGAAGCCAUUUGACUCCGAGUUGUGGAUGGCUAAUGCAUACGAAGAUACGUUUCGUCCGAUUUGGUCAAGCAAGCUGUCCUAUGCAGAAUGCGAUGUCGUUACUUUAACAGCAAAGAAUACUCCGUAUCAGCGUAGGGCUGCUCGUUCGUUGCACAAGCAGCACCCUGUCUCACUGACAACGUUUUUGUCGGAGAUGCAAUCAUCUUCAAGUACUGGUCUUGCUUCCAUAUCAUCGCCAAUUGCUUCACUAUCGCAUUCUUCUUCUUCGUUCAAGCCAUAUGGCGAAUCCUGGAGCAAUAAGGCCACUUCCAAAGCUUUAGUAAAUGCAAUGAAGGCUCGAGCUCGACCUACAUCCUAUCAGAAUGGUGGCUUGUUGCGCAGGGACGGACAAUUUUUCAAAAUUUCAAGUGCAAACGAAGAGAUAUCAAGCCAAAGAGCUUUCGAUGACGCCAAAGCGGUGUGGAGCCCACACAUUUUUCCUCUAAGCGAUGCAUCUGUGUCGUCUGCAACGAAAGGAACGAUGCCUAGACAUCGAGUAGUGCUGUGGCAUGAAGAAGAUCUCACAAUAAUGAUAUUGUUGUCCUUUGAUAAAAUGCGUAAGGAAUCAUCCGAUGAAUCAAUAAGUGCUUUGGCCACCACUUUCAAGCGUCUAAACGACUAUUUCGAACACCAAGAGAGAUUUUUGAAUCUGGCUCAGCUCAUCUUAACGCGCUUCAAUGCCACAUAUACUCCUGAAAAGAACUUGCCGAACCGUUCUCCCCUUCCUCCAUUUCUGUACAUUAAUCGAGUUAAUCUUGCGUUUCGGAUGCGAGGCAUACCACGCAUAUUAAAAAGAGCGAAAGAUGACUUGUUUCCAAUACCUGUGAAGUUACUGGCUCAUUACUUUCCUGCGUCGACGUUAGCAUUACUUAAUGAGUUUCAUGCGGAGCUUCACAAUUCUUCAAGCGCUGGUAAUCGCGAGAUCUGCGUACGUACACGGCACGCUGGCUGGGUACUUGCUAAGAAAUCAGAGACAUCGCAUCGUGAACUUUAUGUCUUCUUUGACAACAAAAUUUCCUCUGUUUCCAACCUUUCAGAUUCACUUCAGAUGCUAUUGCACGACCAAUUCGGAAACGUAUUUUUCUGA